AUGGCUCGUUGUGUCCCAAGAACGCGAGGAGCAGCGUCUCGCCUUGUUGCUCUCCACCCUUUCCUCGCCGCACCUUCCAUCGGCGCAUCCACCCCCACUCCCGCGCUCCUUCCGCGCUCCACCCCGCCUCUCCCCGUCCACCCCCUCCCCUCUCCCGCCGCUGCAUCUUCCCCCUGCCCGCCGCGCCCGUCAUGGUUGCGCUCAACCGUUUCCGCUCUCCGCCCCGUGCCCACCUUCCCUUCCUCAACCGCGUCCUCCGCCCCGUCCUUCCUCUCUGCCCCAUGCGCCCCUUCCGCCGCUUCCGCCUUGCGCCCCGUAGCGCGCUCCCCUUGCUGUGACUCCCCUCCGCCCCUUCCCUCCCCUUACCGUGACGCCUUUCCAUAUGUCGCCCGCGAAUUCAGCAGCAGCGCGGGAAACGGCGCGGUGGGAGAGGCUCCACCUGGUGGGGAUGGCGCGGGGGAGGCGCCCCCCGGGGGAGGCAUUUUCCACAAUGUCCGGGUGGAACUUGUGGCGGACGGGCAGGUUGGGUUAAUUACCCUGGCAAGGCCGAAAGCUCUGAACGCACUGUCACAGGCGGUUAUGGGGGAGGUGGUAUCUGCGCUGCAGUGGAUGGACCGAAAGGACUCGGUGGGGGCGACGGUGGUAACGGGCGAGGGGCGCGCGUUUGCAGCGGGGGCGGACAUAGCGGAGAUGGCGCCCCUCUCCUUCGCUGCUGCGCUCAAGGGGGACCUGCUGGGCCAGUGGGACGACAUGCGACGGCUGAAGAAACCUGUCAUUGCUGCUGUUAAUGGCUACGCACUAGGAGGCGGGUGCGAGCUGGCAAUGAUGUGUGACAUCAUCCUGGCGGGCGAGAAGGCUGUGUUCGGCCAGCCGGAGGUGAAGCUGGGGGUGAUUCCCGGGAUGGGCGGCACGCAGCGUCUCACUCGCGCGGUGGGCAAGGCACGAGCCAUGGAGAUGAUUCUGACGGGGGAGUUCUUUAUGGAUGCAGAAGAGGCGGCGCGGGCUGGGCUCGUUAGCAGAGUGAUCCCGGGCCCACCAGAAGAGCUGCUUCAAGCAGCCAUUGCAACAGCCAGCAAGAUAGCAUCGCUGUCGCAACCAGCAGUGGCCAUGGCGAAGCAGAGCGUCAACGCGGCGUUCAACGGGUCGCUGGCCGAAGGGCUGGCUGAGGAGCGAGCGCUCUUCCUCUCCUCGUUCGCUCUCGCUGACCAGAAGGAAGGCAUGCAGGCGUUCCUGGAGAAGCGGGCUGCUAUGUUCAAGCAUGAGUGA